CAAACACCUGGGAGUACACUGUGGUGAGUCCACGUCCAUGUCCUGCUUAUGAUUAAAUAAUUCUUUCUUUUGCGUCCGAGUGUCUCGAUGAUGAGCGACGGAAUUCUACACAUGCAUGGCUUUAUGAUCUUUUCAAUCACAGGCCCUUCAUUCUUGAUUUCGACCCAUAUUCUAAUCAUCGCUUUCAGAUCAUGAAUCAGCCGAGUCGCUUCGAACUUUAUGUCUUGGAUGAUGGUGAGAGACCAGUGGAGGUGACAGAAGACACGAAAAUUCCGAAUGCUGCCACCAUAAAGAUCGUUAAGCAAGAUCAUACGUUAGCUAACAUGUUACGAGCACAAUUACUCGCUAUGCCUCAGAUUCUUUUCGCUGGUUACAAAGUUCCGCAUCCACUUCAGCCACAUUUUCUCAUCAAAAUUCAGACCGAUGGCAGUAUUACGCCGGAAGCGAUAUUAGAACAGGCUUGCCUCAAGCUGAUUGGUACCUUGGCAUCCUUAGAAGCCAAAUUUAAGCGGGAGUUCUCAUUCAAGGAAGUGGAACCUGGUGCAGGUGCAAGCACUAAUAUUGGUGGUGCUUAUGGGUCAACGGAAGAUCCCUAUGGAGCGGCAGGGACUACGAGUGGAGGAGCAUGGGCUUCCACUAAGGAUUAUUUGGACUUUUAAACUACCAUCCUUGUAUAAACUCCCUGUAUUUUUAGUUCGAGUUUUCCAGCAACUUGUAGAGUAUAUACUGUCUGUGUCUCUCUAAUUUGAUGAUCAGGGU